AGUGUCUCUUUCUUCUCUCUCCCCCCCCCCCUUUCCCUCUCUUUCUAGGGUUUCGACACCAGGCGACGGGUCACCGGCUUCCGAUGGAGACGAUGGGCGACCUCGCUGCCGCCCUGGACGCGUCGCCGACCUCCGAUCCGGCAGCGAAGAGCGGCGCUGGUGCGGCCACCGACGCGUCGCGGAUCGCGGAGGUGAAGGCGUGGUUGGCUUCCCAGUUCGAGGCGGCGGGGAGGGACGUGCCGGCUUUCGAGUACACUCCCCGCAGCGUUGCCCACCUGCAUUCCCUCGCCUCCCUCUCUCAGGCUCGCUCCCGUGCCGCCUCCAUCGUCGCCGCCGACCUCCGCCUCAAGGCCUCCGAGUACCGUGCCGAGGCCGCUCGGAUCCGCGAGGUCCUGGAGCGCGUUGGCCUCGCGCGGGAGCAACUCUCCCCUGGCGCAAUUGGGUCCGCUCAGGUCGUCGCUGGCGUCGCCAAUCUACUAAACAUCCGGGACACGGAGAUGAGUAGUUUUGUUGUGGCCAUGGGAGAUCUGUCUUUGAGGAAGGCAGAUGUGGAGGAGAAGAGGGCGAAGGUGCAGAAGGAGUCUAAGGUUCUUCUUGAGUACACUAGAAAAGCCAUUGCGAAGCUCAACGAUCUUAAGAAAACACUUGCUAAGUUCGAAAAUGAAGUAGGACUGCAUGAGGCUCAGAUGCUGCAGUGGCAGACAAAUCUGGCAAUCUUGGAUUCGAAAGAGCGCCAGUAUAUGCUUCAGCUCAAUAAUUUCAAGGCAAUACUAAAUCGUGUCGGAUAUACGUCGGAUAUCAACCAUGGUGUGUUGAUGGAAAUGGCCGAGCAUAAGAAGGACUUGGAGAAGAAAACCAAACCCAUCUUGGAUACCUUGAGGAGCUACCAAGACUUGCCGCCUGAUAAAACUCUUGCUGCAUUAGCUAUUGAGGACAAAAAAAGGCAAUAUGCAGCUGCGGAGAAGUAUCUAGAAGAAGUUCUACAUUCUGCUCUAAACACGCCAGAGAUAUGACACGUUGGUAGAUGGAACCUUGAAGCUUCGAGCAUUGGAAUUCUAGCACUCUGAAGCAUCUGGCUGCAGAGGUGAGGUGACGGUAAAUGAUGGCCUGCAGAGAUUACCUCAAUUGCAUGAGCAUGAGGGAUCAGCAAAUUGAAUGUUCUUUUAUUAAUUUUAUUUUUGACACCAUGUGCUGGCAAGUGGGAACUACCACCACUUGUUGUUGUUGUUGUUGUAUAUAAUAAUUUCUCGCUGUUGGCAUGUCAUUGGCAAUUUGGCGUAUGUAUUGAGUGAUGUUUGCUGUU